AUGACACUUACGUGCUACUUCGCUAGGCUUGACGGGCCGAGUGGCCGCCUGGUCAGCGCACAGCACGACUUGAGUUUGGUGGAGCGGAGGUGCUUCCGCUUCUGGCACUUCUUCACGGGGCAACGCGAAAUGACUCUCAGCGUAUAUAAGCACGUAGCCACCCCAGAGGAAUCUCGAGAGCUCGUAUGGACCAUCAACGGAGAAGACCGACUUCCGAGACAGUGGUUAUCCGGAUCAGUGAACAUAGCUGUCAACGAUACGUCAUCCAUGCGGCUCGAGUUGGAAGGCAAGAGCCCAUCGGGAAACGAGAGCGCGCUGGCCGUCGAUGACUUGCUCCUGUCAGGUUGGGAGUGCCCUAGACCGGGCAGCUGCAGCUUCGAGGACGACCUUUGCAACUGGAGGAACGUUGGCGGUCCUAAGAACCUCACGUGGGAGCGGUGGUCGGGCCCAACACCAGACCGCAGUGGCCCCACGGCCGACCACACUGUGGGCUCAAGACAUGGUUAUUUUCUAUUGCUGGAUGCCGAAUCUGCCAGAAAGAACCGCGUGGGCGUCCUUGAAAGUGAGCUACUCCACUUCUCACCAAAGAGCUGCCUCCAGUUUUACUACUACGUGGAUCCAGAGGGCGGCCAAGCAGACCUUUCGGUGCAGUAUGCGUGGCAUGGAAAACCGUUUCGACACGUUCCAGUGUUGGCCAAAAAAAGAUCCGCAGGAUGGCAACUUUUCCGAAGUGUUCAAAGUGGCUUGCCUGUGACGUACAAUAUCCGGAUCUUCGGUUACCCGGGAAGUGAUGACGCAUCCGACAUAGCCAUUGACGACAUCGAAGUGUUCGACGGCGAGUGCGCCGAAAGUAUUCCACGGCGUGACGCUUCAAAAUUCCGCAACUCGACCACGUGGGAUUGCGACUUCGACAUGGAUUUGUGUUCGUGGAACCAAUCGGACGACACGUGGCUCAUCCGGUCUGGUCGAACAGCUAUACUGAAAGGCGACGGCCCACACGUGGAUUCGAAGCUCCGUUCGCCUGAAGGAAAGUACGCUUACUACUCGCCGAAGUCGUUGUCACCCAACAAUUUUCUCGUCAGUGCACCACUACAGUCUUCGAGCCAAGAUUAUUGUGUCGAGUUCUGGUACUUCUUCUACAGCCUGGCUCCGGCGAAGUUGCUCAUGGGUUUAACGAAUACAACCUCAAGUAGCAUCGACCGAACGAGCUGGCUUCAGCAGCGUGGAUUCGACCGUACUUGGCGGAGAGGCUCGUUCAUCGUGCCGAGUGUCGACGCCGCUGGAAAACGCCUGGCCGUGCACGUGCAGCAACAGCAGGAGGAGCUUGCCCUGGCAGAAAUCGCCCUUGACCAAAUGCGUGUUGCUCCAAGUGGGACGUGCACACACCCAGCUGGCUCCCUGUGCGACUUCGAAGGUGACGGUUUCUGCGGCUUCAAAGUGGACAGCACAGGAGGAGGGCAGUGGCGAAUGGCAAGGGGAAACAAGCAGUACAGCGAUCACACGUUCGGAGGUUCUUACGGAGGCCACUUCCUACUCCUGCACCUCAGCGAACAGAAGCAGAAACAAAACCCUCCUUACGUCGCCAGCUUGGUGCUUCCUGAGCAGCCGCCGACGAAGGCGCGGUGCCUCACUCUGUGGUAUUUCAUGGAUGGCACCGGUGUGGGACAUCUGAACGUUUCGGUACGAGCACCGGGAAGCACGGCGUCUUCCUUGCAGGACAUGCUGUUCGGAGUCCCCUCAACCGGCUGGCGAUAUGGAAGCGCCACUGUGGAGUCGGCCUCAUGGCACGAGGUGCUCUUGACGGCCGAGGUGGAGCAGGGCGGUUCGGUAGCAGUGGGGCUCGACGACAUCUCGCUUAGGGAAGGACAAUGUCCCGAGAUAGGGUACUGUGAUUUCGAGGGGCCUGACAUGUGCGGAUGGGAAAACGCUGACUCCGACGUGCAAAGAAUGUGGGUCCGAAAUCGAGGUUCCACCCCGAAUGCGUCUUCCGGUCCUCGGGCCGACCACACUCUGGGAACUCGUGAAGGAACGUACGUAUACUUGGAUGGCAGAACCAAAAACGCCGAGGAAACUUACACAGGCAUACUGAAAUCUCAACGCUGGAUUGGAGGCAGCCCUUAUUGCUUUUCUCUCUGGCUCUAUAUGGACGGUACAGACAUUGGCCCUAGCACCAGGACAAUACGCGUGAUCGUUGUCUACGUCAACGAGUACGGAAAAGAAAAACGGGAACCCGUUAUAGUGGUCACGGGAAGACAAGGGAAGCGAUGGCAACAAAAGAAGGUUACAAUCGACCUUGUUAGUAGCUCUUCUAUGGAAUUUAGAGUGCUCAUUGCUGGAAAAACUGGUGGGUCCCAAGGAGGACACAUCGCCAUAGAUGACGUCAUUAUCAGCCAUGGUGCUUGUCAUGAAAGCCUGGAAACACAGUUCCACUGCCACGACGGCAUUACUAUAGUGAACGCUUCUCAAGUGUGCGAUUUCAAACAGGACUGCCCGAUAAACGGCGAUGACGAACAGCUGUGUGGACAGUGUGACUUUGAUGUUGACACUUGUGGUUGGUUUAGUGAGCACGAUUCCGCUGGUUGGAACUGGACGAUAGCCAUGGGCACUGAGACCAACUCACCGCUGCCGCGAAAGGAUCAAAGUAAGGGGGAUGCGCAUGGUGGUUAUGUUUACACUGCCGGGCGCGGGCAUCUUACCGAGUCAGGACACCUUCUACACAGUCCUAAUAAUACAUACCGGCUAAAGCGAUCUGGAAAAGACUGCACCCUGCUCUUCUGGUACUUUACCUCAGGACGUUCUGCUCAGCUAGCCGUGCAUAAGUACAUUCUUGACCGCGAUGUCACACUAUGGCUACUAGAAAAAGCAGGAGGAAACGUGUGGGCGGAAGGUCAGGCUACAAUUGGGCGCAGCCAAUCAGAAUUCACCCUGUCCUUUGAGGCUGGUUCCUGGAUGACAUCGUCGGUGGCAUUUGCUGCUCUCGACGCCAUUAGCUUUGAAAACUGUGCUUUACCAGCCCCUUCUCAUGGGAGUUGCAAUGGAUCGCAUGACUUUAUGUGCCCUGAAAACAACGUUUGCAUCACAAGAAGCCAAGUGUGUGAUUAUGUCGACGACUGCGGCGAUGGCUCGGAUGAAGCCUAUGAUAUUUGCCAGAAUUACACAGCCUGCACAUACGAGCCAGGAGCCGAUCCCUGUGUCUGGCGGAUCGUCAGAACAGAUGCCAAGUCACAGGCUCUUCCUGCAUGGAAGAUCCACACUGUGCCGUAUCUAAAAUUUGACCGAAACACAGGGCCACACGCCGAUCACACGAUGGGUGGUCUCGGUGCUGGGCGCGUGCUAUUACUUAAAGCUACGGAACGAGGCCAUUUUAGCGGUACGGCUCUUUACAGAAGUCCUAAUUAUGUUGCGAACCAUGACGGCUGCUCAGUGACAUUUCACUACUUUGCUCACGGUGAGGAUGUUGGUGGCAUUGUUCUUUUUGCGCAGUAUCAAAACUACACAGAAAAGUCACAGUGGGAGAGUCUCUACGAAGUAGAGGGGCCAAGAGGCCAAAGCUGGAUUAGAGCUUCCGCUGUUCUCUAUAGUGGCAAACCGUUCUGCUUUGUUAUCGAGGGAUCAUUAGGUGUUGGCUACGCAUCUGACAUAGCAAUAGAUGACAUUUCUCUAAGCCCCGGCUGCUUGUUGUACAAUGGCGCGCUUCCUAAUCCGCCUCCACCACCUAUGCCCAAAUGCAGAUCGUCUCAGUUUGAGUGUAGGGACGGUGGGUGCAUCCCAGACCAGCAGGUUUGCGACUUCGAGCAAGACUGCGUGGAUGGCUCUGACGAGGAAAUGUGUGGACCAUGUAAUUUUGAGAACGGCACUUGUGGAUGGAUUGAUGUAAGCAGAGGGGCUAACGUUUGGCAAAUUAUGCAAGCCAAGGAUCUAGUUGAACCUGAGGCUGACCACUCUACGCUUAGGGGAGAUGGUCAUUUGAUGGCUUUAAAGACGCAAAGAAGCUCUUCCCGCGCGGCUGUGCUGCUUAGCCCAGAGCUUCCGCCUUCUUCAUCUCGCUGCUCAAUGAGCUUUUGGUACUUCUACAAUGACAACCUGACUGCUGCUAAUCUUACCGUGCGUCAUGUCUUGCCCCAGAAUACGAGUGUGAUUCUUGCUAAAGUUCCUCCUUCCAUCGGUUGGGCUCACACUGUACUGACGGUUCCACGGCGAGAAACAAGAGAUGCAAAGAUUUCAUUCCGCGCUAGCGUUACAAAGUUUAACAAAAUGCCCAACAUUGCAAUUGAUGACAUAUCUUUUUCAAACUGCCGUCCUAGCUCUGUAUUGAUAGAUUGCUCAUUUGACAGCAUACCUAAUAACAACAGUUUCUGCCAUUGGCAAAACACUAGGAAUGCAAAUCACGCAUGGAAGGUUGUGUUUCCAAGAAACAGUUACGAUGGCAUAGGCCCUACUGCCGACCACACAAGUGGUCGUGGUGGCUACGCCAUACUUUAUUCACAAGGUACAUUGACAGCGGGUAUAGCAUCGCUUGAAAGCGCUGAAUCCCAGCCAUCGGGAAACAACGGGAGCUGCCUUACAUUUUGGUACUCUAUGAACAGUGGCAAUGGCCUCAGCUUGGUUAUAGAAGCGAAAUCCAUACUAAAUGCAACAUUAAGAUUUAGUAGGGAAGGUGCUGACAGGUUCGGGUGGAAUUUCGGAGAACUCCCGGUUUCUUUUCAAGAAGAAUACACAUUUGAAAUUUCCGCUGUUAUUGCCAAGAAAGUGAUGAAAGGAGCAUUCGUUGCGAUCGACGAUGUCGUAUUGUCAGAAGGUCCGUGCCGUCGAGUAUAUUUCUGUGACUUUGAAACAGACUUUUGUAACUGGAAGCUUGAGAAACAAGGGCUCGGCGAUGGCUGGAAACAAAUUUCGGCGGCGACGGACACUGCUGCGGGUCCAAGCCAUGACCACACUCUGGGUACGGCUUACGGUCACUACGCUUUAUUUGUUGCUAAGCGUCAAGGAGACAGAGCCUCGUUGUAUUCACCGAUCCUGGAGAAGUCACGUUACCGUUGCCUUCGGUACUGGUUCAACAUGGCUGGUGAUAAUGUUGGAACGCUUUCAGUUUACCAGCGGCUAAACGGGUCGUCUAGCAUUGAUGCCUUGAAACCUGUGUGGAGCCGUUCCGGUGAUCAAAUGGGUGCUUGGCGUCGAGGUCAUGUCACGCUGCAUAAUCUGCUUCGAUACCAGGUUGUCAUAGAGGCGUUCAAAACGACAGCAAAUGUAAGUGGUUACUCGCAUAUGGCUUUAGACGACGUGGAGUUUAGCCUCGAGCCAUGCGAAGAGACAGUGACUUGCAGUUUCGAGAACGAUGCUUGUGGUUGGCUCAGCGACACAAAAAGCUCCAGUAUUACUUGGACAAGAACAACUGGCUCUGAAGGUGUGACCUUAGGAGGACCAGAUGCAGACGUGACAACGUCGAGCUCUUAUGGACGUUACAUGCUGGCGAAGGUUGGAAGCACAAGUGAACGUACUGAAAUUAUUUUGUUGUCUGACUAUGCGGAUGUUGAGCGACAAAGCAGUUACUGCUUUUCCCUGUGGUACAUUUCUCGUGAUACCAGAGACUCUUAUCUCCUUAUCAAGAGUGCAAAAGAUGGCGCUACGAACACUGAGCUGCUGUUGAACUUGACUGAUGGACUGACUUGGACCAAAGAAGAGGUCAUGGUGCUGACAGGCGAAGAAGACCAGAGGAGCUUUCAAAUAAUUGCACAGUCUAACAAGAAAGCUAACCAGUCUACUAUAUCAGGAAUCGCCAUAGAUGAGGUGGAAUUAUUUCACGGAAGCUGUAAAGAAGGCGCAAGGCCGCGAAAACUUUCCCCUCGCUACCCUCCUCACCCACUUGAGUGUGACUUCGAACAAAACGACUGCGCAUGGAGGAAUGGUGCUGCAAGCGGUACUAGUGUGUGGUUGCGUAAGAUUGGCAACGGUCACGGUAAUAUUCAACCUUUACUGCCAGAAACCGACCAUACGACACAUUCGGUUUACGGGAGCUUCGCCUACGUGGACUUCGCGUCUACUGCAACCCUUGAACAACUGUCAGAAAAUGCCGUUCUAGAGAGCGAAUUUCCGCUUCACGUAGGCGCUCAAGGCGCGUGCCUGAAGUUCUUUUUCUUCGCGUUCGGAGAAACUGUUGCACCGUUGACCCUUCGAGAAAUAGAUGCGGUAACGCAGGCCUCACGUGUCGCAUGGACUAACGUUGCUUCGAAAGGUCCCCAAUGGAACUACGCAUACGUGCGUUUCGACGGUGACAGUGCUGUGUUCCUGAGCUUUGAAGCCUCAAAGACGCAAGGCGGGUAUACAGCUCUUGACGACAUUGCAGUGAACGUCGGUCAAUGUCCAACGCCGCCACUGUGCGACUUCGAAGCGGACGACUGUGGCUGGCGCGCCAGGAAUGGCCGUGCACAGCUUCAGUGGGAGAGACUUAAGGCUGAGGACGCAAUAGGCGGCCAGGACCACACGUUUGGCUUUGGAAGCGGGCACGUUCUCGCCGUGAAUACGUCAAAACAAGGGGCAGAAAUAGGUACAACAGUGACAACGUUCAGCGGAACACAAGAAGCUAGGAGCAGCGGGUGUACCAGAUUUUGGUACCAGUUAAGCGGUGGACACAAGCUAUCACUGGGCACCAGCCAAGAUGGCGCACUAAGACCCGAAGCCACAUUUAAGGAGAGUCAGCUGCUCGGAAGUGGCGUCUGGCAUUCAGCUCAGGUCAACCUAAAAUUCAUUCCAACAAUGCCAUUUGAGUAUUACCUGCAAGUUACAUUGGAUUCAAAGGGAGGAGUAGCUGCUGUGGAUGAUAUCCAAAUUCUUAGUCGCUGCUCAAACCUGGGCUCUUGCGAUUUCGAAACAGACUUCUGCCUUUGGGAAAACGAGCCAGUAUCUUCUGGAUCAGCUUUGUGGAACAGAUUCACAGGUCGCUCUCACAUGUUUGGGCCAGAUGGGGACCACACAUUCGGCGAGUCGUUCGGCACUUACGUGGCAAUUAAGAACGACAACAACACCAGCGACCUUCCAUCGACUCUGGUUUCUCCCCUUCUGACAAAAUGCGACGACAUGUGCUUCAGUUUUUGGUCUUACCACGUUGGAACUGUGCCUCACAUGCUGAACCUUUUUCUUAGGACAGAAUCGGGAGACAAUGUUAUUGAAUAUUCGGCCACUGCUGAUGUAAAUGACAGAUGGGUGAAAGCUCAAACGAACAUUUCAAAAGGUGCAGAAGAAUGCCGCAUCGGCUUCAGUGUCACUUUUCCUGCUUUCCGCUCUUCCCUCUUGGCUCUAGACGAUUUCAUUAUUGUUAGUGGGCCCUGCAAGUCUUUAGAAGACACGAAUCAUCCUGAAUUUAGCUGUGACAACGAGACAAAGCACCUGACGCGUGACAGAAUAUGCAACUUUGACAAUGACUGUGCUGAUGGCGAAGAUGAAAAGCGCUGCGGUACUGAGUGCAGCUUCGAAUCCAAAGACACGUGUUACUGGGAAAUGAGUGGUAAGGGAGCCCAGUGGUCACUUGAACAGGCGAGGAAUAACAGCUUGGCAGAACCAAAGCAAGACCACACGACUGAGACAGAAGACGGUAGCUUUCUCCGCUUCAGAAUUAUACCGGCGUACGAUAAGGAGCGCUCCGCUGUUAUCGCUAGUCCAAACCUCAUUGACGCGUCUCCCACCUGCACGCUUGGAUUUUGGUACUACUCUACUCUUACAACAGAACGCGCAAUUAUAAAGGUGACGUACGGUUUCGCUUCAAAGCUCAGGCUGAAAGACACGACAGUGCUUCUGAUGAGUGGACACAAUGGAACUCUCGAGCGGAAAAAAUGGAAAUACGCUACUGCGCGAAUAGGAAGAGUCUCGGAGCGAUUUUCAGUGAAGUUCCUGGGAAACUUCGAGUUCUUUGACAAGACAUUUUCAAUAGACGAUCUCAAGUUUUCACAAUGCAACAGGAAGAAGAGCACGCGGGAAGCAGCAGCAGAAGAGUGCCCACUGGGUUUCUUUAGCUGCGCCAACGGAAACUGUAUCCCAAAGGACACCGUAUGUGACUUCAACGAUGAUUGCGGUGAUCUGAGCGACGAACGCUUGAGUCCCAGGGCAAAUUGCACGUCAUUCCCUGCUCGCUGUGAUUUUGAAGACGGUGUUUGUGAUUGGAAAGUCGAAAGUGCAGCUUGGGGAAGACGAGUAAACAAAGGAGAUGGAAGAACAUUCAGUAACGACGACCUCAGAGAUCACACGACGAACUCAGUCUAUGGAAACUUUUUGCGAUUCUCGUUUGCAGAUCAAUCACUACAAAAGGGAAUAUUUUCUAGUCCAAUUAUAGGUGCGGCAAAAGAUGCUGAAUGCUCCUUACGUUUUUACUACACGUACCAAACAAGAUUCACCCACUUGGGUUACAGUCUGUACAGCCUCAGCGCUGGAAGCUUGGCAGUGUACGUUCGUUUUGAUCUUCUCGGAGAAAAGCACAUUGUUUGGAAAACGUCUAAUGUAUUUGGGCAAUACUACGAACGCAAAAUAAUUUCUCUCAAGGGAUUCGAUGGCCCCAUGCAAGUUUUGAUUGAGGCAACCACAGGUGCCGACCUGAAUGGAGCCUGGGCUAUUGACGACAUUUCCUUCACAGACGGCUGCGUCGUUUCAUCGCUAAGCUCCCUGCCUAUAUUUGCAGUACAAGCGACGACAGAAUCACCGCUUGGUUUAUGCGGCCUUGAAGAAUUCACUUGCCCAGACAAAACGUGCAUUUCUGCAACGCGGGUCUGUGAUUUUAUGGAUGACUGUAAAGGUGGUGCUGACGAGGAGAACUGCGCAACCUGCAACUUCGACAAUGGCACCUGCGGCUGGCAAGAUGUAAGCUUUGGCAGGUACUCGUGGAAAAGGCUUGAAACUGGGCGCAGUGGUGUCACUCCAAGUUCAGACGUUUCAGGCAAAGGAUUCUUCAUGAGUGUAACCACGGGGGAUGGAGUCGUUUCUGACAGGGCUGUCAUGAAAUCAGUUCCACAUGGCACUUCCAGUGACUCGUGCUACUUAGAAAUGUUUUAUUACGUUAGUAACUUUGUACCAGGCACAGAUAUUCUGAAGUUAAGUAUCAUAGAAGCAAAUUUAUUGUCAGAAACAGUUCUGAUGGCACUGCGAUCACCCGAAAUUGACAAGUGGAAAAAGGUUUCUGUGGAAAUUGGCCUUCUCGUGCGCAGGGGAUGGUCGUUAAAGCUUGAGGCCACACCAUCCGCUCCACAAACCAGAAUUGCUAUUGACGAAAUCAGUUUACUUCAGUGUGGCCAGUCUCCUGUUGGAAGCGACUGCGAAUCUAAAGGCGAGCUUUCUUGCGACGAACCUCACGGUGUUUGCUUUAAAAAAUCCCAGCUUUGUGACUGGAAUCCAGACUGUCCAGAUGGCUCAGACGAGUUGAACUGCAGCAGUUUUCCAGAAAGGUGCAACUUCGAGAAUGGAAUGUGCGGUUGGACAGAAGAACUCACUCAAGGCCAUCCACGUUGGCACGUUAUUAGCAGCAAGAGCCUGCCGGAUUACGACGGGCCAACAUUCGAUCACACAUUUGGGAAUUCUUCCGGGCAUUUCUUAUUUCUCGAAAAAGACAACCUCGACAAAAGCCGUGCCAGCUUGAAAAGCGUUCAUUUCGAAAGGACAACGACGCGAAAAUGCAGUCUUCGUUAUUGGUAUGUCGCUUCCGGGAACGCCAUACUGGAGACCAACCUGCUAGACUUGCAGUCGAAUGAGCUUCACAAACUCAAAGAACUCCAUGGAAACGAUACCACUGACGGGUGGCAAAAUGUGGAUGUAGCUCUGUCUUGUCCAAAUGACUUUCAAGUCAUUCUUAAUGGAUGGUCCGAAGGUAGCAUUGCAAUUGAUGAUGUAUCAUUUACACCAGACUGUUUGAUCUCCCAGUCUUCUAUCGUGCCGACAGUCUCACCAGGUAAUACGUGCAACAACGAAACUGAAUUCACAUGUAAAGAGAACAGCUGUGUCUUGAAAGAACUCUUUUGUGAUUUCAAGAGAGAUUGUCCAUUUGGCAGUGAUGAAGCAAAAUGUCCUUCCUCAUGCACCUUUGAGCAAGGGGAGUGCGGUUGGAGCAGUCCAAAUUUGCCAGAGAGAGUUAGUUGGCGUUCUCUUACAGCUAUGGAAGCAAGAGAGCGCAUAGAAAACAGCCCUGAUUUGGACGUAACAAGAAAUACCUCUUCCGGUAGUUAUCUCUUGUUCUAUAUGGCUCAUGACGGUGAUAGAUUAGACGAACCAAUAAGAAUGCUCUCCCCAACUUUCCAACAGUCUACUCCCGACUGUAAGGUAUCUUUCUACCACUGGCUCACGAUUUCCGUCAUGCACGUGCGACUACUAGUUGUGGCUGAUGGUUUCGAAGACAUUUUACUGUGGGAGCGCACAUCGAAACAAUUGGCUAAAUCUUGGGUUUUCGAGUCGAUUGGGGUUGGGCGUCGAAGCGGCCGCUUUCGUCUCGCUUUUGAAAUUGACUCACCAUCCAGCGGCGGUGGGCUGCAUUUUGCUUUGGACGAAAUACAUUUUGUGGAUUGUGGCUACCCUAAAAAUGACGAGUUCUCUGGCGUACCCUGCUCAAAGGAAGGCGCAUUCAAGUGCAAAUCGCGACGAUUCUGCAUCGCUAGCGAACAUACGUGUGACCUUUACGACGACUGCGGUGAUGGAAGCGAUGAAAAAGGAUGUAAAAACCAAAGAGUGACGUUUGAGGAUGAAAAUACUGGUGUUUUUGCAUAUGGAAACCCAAACGGAGCAGAUAGCGAACGCUCACUUCAGUUUGUACGAGGAAGGUCACCGUCACGAAAGAAUCACGACACGGGACCGCUUUUCGAUCAUACCACGUUCAACAUGUCUGGAGCCUACGUAGAGUUUGGUGGGGCCUAUCACGGUUUCAACAAGAUAGCUACACUUUCGUCUCUUACCGUACAACCCGGCACAUGUCACAUGUCUUUCCACUCAUAUAUGUUCGGUCUACAGGUAAACUUGUUGAGCCUCUAUUUACGUUAUUUCAAGAACAGCAGCAAUUCGCAAAAGGAAAUCUGGCGACAGGAGGGUCCAAGUGGAGACUUUUGGGAGCGACACCAUGUUGACAUGACUGAACAAAAAGACAGACAGCUUGUGUUUGUCGUGCGUUCUGGAAAAGGACCAAAAGACGUCAUAGCUCUUGAUGACAUAAGCUUCAGCAAAGACUGCAGGUUUACUACGAGGAGUCUCCCAGACGAUUCGAGCGGUUCUGGCGCGUCUACGACUGCCACUCCGGCAUGGGGACACUGUGACCAGCGAGAGUUCUCCUGCCUCUCCGACGGAUUAUGCCUGCCUUACGACCGCGUCUGCGACUUCCGAAAAGACUGCAGUGACGGUAGCGACGAAAGAAAUUGUGUGCAACCGAGCUGUGACUUCGAGAAGGCUAGUCUCUGCGGGUGGACAGUGGUAAACAAUGCCUCGCUCGUGAUUCCUGCUCUUGAAACUCGACGGUUCACUACCUAUUCGUUCGAAAACGAAUUCACGUGGAAAGCCAUUCAGGCCAACGAUAAAUCUGACAAGGCAAACAUCGCUAUGCGGCCUAGAAUCGAUCAUUCGGAAGGAACACAGCAGGGUUGGUACGCUCUGGCUAAUUCAGCGUACGGCGGAAUGACAGACGCCAGCCUGUUGUACUCCCCACGGCCACUGUCGCGCACGGCGGGCUCCUGCCGGCUCCAGGCAUGGUACUACUGCUCCGACGGCUGCCCCUUGCAGCUGCUACUCUACGCAUCUGGCCAUGGCGUCCACGAGAGGCCACUGUGGACCGCAUUCCGGACGCGCCUGAAGGAGUGGAUGCAAGUGAAGAUACCAGUUGGAAUCAUUCGAGGCGCUCACCUUGCGUGGCGGGCUUGGAGGGGCAGUAGCCAGCGACUUGUUCAAGCUCUCGACGACCUUAACUUUGUAAGCUGUGAGCCGCCAACAGAACGAGGCUCUGCUUGUCCCGAAGAUAAGUUCAGAUGCAUCAAGGACAGCUGGUGCAUAGAAAGAAGCCAGCUCUGCGACCAAACAUGGGAUUGUGAGGACGGUAGUGACGAGACAAGCGUGGCGUGUUCCUCAAUCAGGAGUAGGUGUUCCUUUGAGGAUGUUCACUGUGAAGAUUGGACAAACGACGCGACUCCAGAGGCCCGCCUCUUGUGGUCAAGAAGGAUUGCUCGCGAGGCGGAGAGCUACCUGCCCUUGACCGACCACUCCACAUCAAGCGGCCAAGGUGCCUAUAUUGCUGUAUAUAAUCCUUGGGAACAACCACUGGAGGAGGCCAGUCACGCGCGCUUGGCAUCUUACGUCAUCAGCACAAACCCCAAGCUCCCCUGUCACGUGCGGUUCUGGUAUAACCUGCCCGAACGAGGUGUCGCACUGGACGUGUACCGCCAGACAAGCCUGGAAACCGGUGGAAACACGCAUGUGUUAACACUGCCAGUGACAGGAGAAGAUAUCUGGGAACGCACGGACGUUGAUCUCGGAACCCACGAUGAAGCAUUCCGGGUUGUUAUAGAAGCCGUGUACAGCAGCAACGUAACACAGAAAGGGGUCGCCUUAGACGACAUCACCAUGACCGACGGUUGUCGAAGAGCGGAACAUGAACUGCCUGGAAAGGUCCCUGCAAAUCAAACAAGCCCAAGCAGGGAAUGUGGCCCGGAGCGUCUCCCUUGCAACGACGGGGGCUGCUACUUGCCUUCGCAGCGAUGCAACUUUAUCGCAGACUGCAAGGAUGCCACCGACGAAAAUGACUGCGGAGCGAGCUGCAACUUCGAGAAAGACCUUUGCGGCUGGUUCAGCUCGUUGUCAGAAAAGAAGAAGUGGCACAGAGCUCACGGGGACACUGGCGAUCACACCUUAGGAACUACUGAGGGUCAUUAUGUGAGCCCAGACAUCAGCCUCCAGAAAGAUUCGCCGGGUGCACGAGCGCAACUCCAUUCCAAAAUUUUGAGAGAAUCGGGACCCGAGUGCAGUUUCUCCUUCUGGCUCUAUUCUGCCGACAAGACAAAUAUGUCCUUCCUCAACGUUUACGUGAAGCAAGCCAAGGUUGCACCAAAGGUAGAGAAGGUUUUUUCGUUAGCCGAGAAUGCCAUGGCCCAGAAACGUUGGACGCCCAUUACGACAAAUCUCGGCCGACGGAUUGAGUUUGGUGUCAUCGUGGAGGCUGUGUGGGGCACAAGUGGUCCUUCAAGUCUCCGCCUUGACGACAUCCUCUACCAGAAAUGCAGACCAGACCAUCAUGCCAGCAGCUGUGCAGAAGGUGAAUGGAUGUGCGCCGACCUAACUCAGUGUGUCUUCCAGUUCGAGCGCUGUGACGGGAAAAGAGACUGCUCAGACGGCAGCGAUGAGCGAGACUGCGUCCAUGGUAUUGGUGACUGUAAUUUCGACGAAGAAGACUGGGUAGCGGCCUGUAACUGGACAGUCGACAUCAUUGCUGGUCAACCAUCGUGGAAACGAGCUAAGGAAUCCCAUUCUGAGGACACAGGCCCUCCUAGCUCACAUCGUGGAACACCAGGAACCUAUUUCCUGCUAGCCAACAGCACCGAGCUGCCACUGGGGUCGGUUGCAGUUGCCCGCACACCUCAGUUCCCAGCAAGUCAAAACAGAUGCCACCUCAGAUUCUGGUAUUUCAUGAAAGGUUCACCAUCUAUGCAGUUUCUCAGGGUGGAGACAGAGGGUGCGGGCUCGAGACUGCCCAUGUGGCAAGAGCUGGGACCCCAGGGAUCCCUGUGGGCAUACGCGCACGUGGUGGUCGGUCACCCGGAGCCUUUCACGGUCGCCUUCCUUGCCCAGCGCGGAGGCGACGCGCUCACUGAUAUCGCAAUCGACGAAGUGACCUUUACGCCUUCAUGCCUGGAAGGAGGAACUGCUCAUACCAAGAAACACCGGUCACUAUGCACCCGAGAGGAGUUUUUGUGCGUGGACAGAAGAAUGUGCCUCCCUCGAAGUUUCAUCUGUGAUUGCGAGAACGACUGCGAAGACGGCAGUGAUGAAACCGACUGUGGAAUGACAUGCGAAUCAGGAGGAACAACAGUUAGAGGGAAAGCAACUGGUCGCCCAAUCUCCCCGGGUUCCUGGUCAGUGUCCACAACGCCAAGCUCGCUUUGCACCGCUCCCGGCGAAUUCAGCUGUGGUAGCAGCAACGGUUCUUGUAUUCCUCGUCUGCUCCUGUGCGAUGGCGUGCCUGACUGCCCCAACGCGGAGGACGAAAGGCAGUGUGAUGGCAAAGACACUUGCCCUGAAGGCUACUACUAUUGCCGGGACCCUUCGUCUUGUCUGCACCAAUCCAAGCUGUGCGACGGCCGAGCCGACUGCAGCGAUGGAUCAGAUGAAUCUCUAUGCUAUGCCUGCCCCGAUUACUUUUGUCGCAACGGUGGCAGCUGCAAGCUGGCACGAGGGACAGGUGCUCCGCAGUGCGCCUGCCUAGACAUCUUUGGGGGAAACCGUUGCGAUCGGGUGCUCACCGUGGGACCUCCGUCUCCACUGGAACAGACUCACGUCGCCGGGUGGUCCUACGGGGCGCCUCUUAUCGUUAUUUCUGUGGUUGCUUUUGUCAUCGUGGCCGUCACUUUCUGGAGAAGAAGAGUCUCAACUAGGGAGGAAACAGAGCCUGUGACAAUCAACAACCCAAUGUACGGGCUGCAACUCGAUGAAGGAGACACCAGUACCUCGGCAGUUAAUCCUCUUCACAGUGAGUGUUAAAUGGAGGUUGUGGCUGACGUCGGCGCUUUUCUUACUGUAUAUAUGUACCAUACCUGGAAGAUAGAAUAA